AAGUAAGUGAGUUACUCAGUAGGACUUUGCGUCAUUUGAUGGUGCAACGUACUUCGUACUGUAGGUUGCAGAGAGAGAGACAGAGAUACAUUAGAGGGACACAAAAGAGAGGCGGAAAGAUACAAAGAGAGAAAGAAAGAGAAAGGAAAAGAAAGAAAGAGAGAGAGAGAGAGAAUGGGAGAGGAGUCUCUGACUACGUUGAAGCUUUUAAUUAUCGGAGAGAGUGGAGUCGGGAAAUCCAGCCUUCUACUGAGAUUCACGGAUGGCACGUUCGACCUUAAGAUCGGUGCCACCAUCGGGGUUGACUUUAAGGUGAAGAACUUGAGGGUCGAUGGAAACAACGUCAAGCUUGCAAUCUGGGACACAGCGGGUCAGGAACGCUUCCGAACACUAACGCCCAGUUACUACAGAGGUGCCCAGGGGGUUAUUCUAGUGUACGACGUGACCCAAAGGGAAACCUUCACAAAACUUCAGAACUGGCUGAACGAGUUGGAAACGUACAGCACAAAAUACGAGAUUGUUAAGAUGUUGGUCGGCAAUAAAAUCGACAAGCAAGAUCGGGAGAUCGACCGAAACGAAGGGCUGAGAUUUGCCAGAAAACAUUCCAUGCUUUUUAUAGAGUCCAGCGCUAAAACAUGCGACGGAGUCCAGUGUGCGUUCGAAGAAGUGGUGGAGAAGAUAAUGCAGACUCCAGGACUAUGGGAAACCGAGGGACACCAAGGCGUAAGACUAUCUAGCGCGGUGCCCAGAGGGGAGGACGCAUGCAGUGACUACUGCUCGCUGGUCUAAACUGACGUAUCUGAAACUGACCCCAGACCUUCAUACUCUGUCUCAACGGUGGUUUUAAGCGCCAUUCACCAUUCUCUUAAGCGCAGAAAACCUUUGCCUAAAAAAAAGCCAGAUGGAACUGAAGUGACCCGCGAUGAGAGUUAUUUUAUCUUAACCAACCGUUUUACGUACCCCUCCUCUCAUCCUCCGCCACCCACCCACCCCCCUCUCUCUCCUCCCCCCUAAAGAAAACCAGCCCUUUUGAUAGAACCAGAGUCCAUUGAACUUUUGGCGUUCAAUACAACAGUUUUUACCUCUGAUCCCACUAAGGACCUUUCAGUCAGGAGACUGACCUAUGCAGCCUACGCUGUGAAUUGAGGGGGUUUCUGUUAGGAUACAUUUCCCUCCCCAAAUAUUUUUAGGGACCAUUGAUCCUUAUUGACCUGCCGAGGUUUCCUGUUGCCAUUGCUAACAACCCUUUGCUGAGUUACUAUGGAUAAGCCCUUCUAAAUUGGGUGUCUGUAAUGCCUGAUAAGCGUUGGAUGCACAGUGCCUUAUAAUAUAGAACGCUAAACUUUUUUUUAAACAAAAACACGGAUAAAGAACAAACGAGGGAUCUAAGUUGGGGACUAUUUUUAAGCCUCUUUUUUUUCCCCCCCCUCUCCACUCCAACCCUCGCUCGAGGAGAUAAACGCUGCCCGUGGUGAGCUCUGCGUCCUUCACCACCUCCCGCGCGAAGGGUAAGACCAUCAUGGAUGACAAUACACUACAUAUUAAAACUGCGUGGAAUUAAAUGGUAUGAGAUUGAGUACUACUGCUCUCUUGGGUGGUUUGUCAGCCUGACGCAGUGGUAGUGCGCUCGCCUCUGAGUCAGCAGGUUGUGGGUUCAAGUCUCUACAUCAUCAGGACUUGAACUCACAUCGUCUAAGCUGACAGUGCUGGUGGGUGGUGGGGUUGUGGGGGGGGGGCGCAGGAUGCUCCAUUUUCUGAGGUGCUGUCCUUCAGAGAUGUUAAACCGAGCUCUGUUCGGUUGGUUAUUAACCUUUCCUUCCCAAUACUGGUUAAAUGUUUUCCGCGCACAUUUCCCCGGGACGGAAAGGCAGUAAGAGUAAUAAAGAGCAAGUCAAUCUCAAAUAUUUAUAA